AUCGAUACGAUAAUCGUAAGUAUUUUCUCCGAGAAGAUAGAAAUAUCUUUUUAACAUCGUUUUUUGAUUUCGAUUUAAAAAAAUUGUUAAUAAUUAAUCGCCGAGUAUCCUUCGUCGAAUUUUAUUAUUUAUUCAGUUAUUAUUAUCCGUUUCGAUGACGUCGUACGGGACUUUGUGAGUUAAUACGUGCGUGCGCGCCAGCGAGAGAGCAAGAGAGAAACAGAGGGAGAGAGAAAAGGAGAGCGUUAUUGAUUUAAAUUCGACGAGGAGAAGAGAUAGUUUGGAGUGAGCCAGUCGGUCACGUAUCACAGAAGAAGAAGAUCUCGAAGAGUUUCAAUGUCGAGGAAAGUCAUCGGGCAAGUUCUUUUCAUUUUCUUUGGUUUGUUUUUCUUUGUCGAUGAUGUCACUUCGGAUCUCAAUGAUCCAACAAUUUUUGAGAGGGAUCGACCCUACAUGGACGACUGGUUGGACAUUUUUUCGACCUUGAUAAAUAUCGGAAUGGAGGAGAAAUUGUUAAUACCGGUGGAGAAUCGUGAUUGGCAAGGUCCAGAAAAUCUUGGCCAGAUUUCUGGAGUCUCGGUGGAUCCUUCGGGAUAUCCUGUAGUCUUCCAUCGUGCCGAUCGAUUAUGGAGAUACGAUACCUUCACCAAUGAUAACGUUUAUCAAGAGGAAUACAAAGGGCCGAUAAAAGAAAAUACCGUACUAACGUUGGACCCAAAUACUGGUGAAGUUUUACGUGGCUGGGGAAAUCACACGUUUUAUUUGCCACACGGUAUACACAUUGAUGGUUUUGGAAACGUGUGGUUAACCGAUAUUGCUCUUCAUCAAGUUUUUAAGUACGACAGUAAUGGGAUUCUCGAGCUGUCACUCGGUCAACGAUUCGAGCCAGGAAACGAUCUUGAACACUUUUGUCAACCGACGUCAGUCGCUGUGGCACCGUCGACAGGCGAGAUCUACGUCGCUGACGGCUACUGCAAUCGUAGGAUUAUUCUCUUCGAUUCAAUGGGAAAACCACGAUACAGCAUAGAAGGACACGAGGUGAAUCUACUGAUACCACAUUCGUUAACGAUAUUGUCUAACGGAGAUCUCUGCAUUGGCGAUCGAGAAAAUGGAAGAGUACUUUGUGUAAAUGUUAGACUUUUCGGAGCGGAAAUCGUGGUCUCCAAACCACCAUAUUCUAUUUCAUUCGUUGGCCGAGUUUUCGCUAUUGCAUCUUAUCGUGACUGGAUUUACGCCGUGAACAACAUGUAUAGUACAAAUGCAAUAGGUUACAUGAUAAAUCCAUACACUCGAAAAAUCAGCAAUCUAUGGUAUCCUGAAUACGGUAAUUUUCGAAAUCCACAUGACAUUGGGAUAUCCCCAAAUGGCACGUCACUUUACGUCAGCGAGAUCGGUCCUAAUAAAGUAUGGAAGUUCGAUUUGAUAAAACAUGUUUGAAGAAAAACGAAGAAAAUCGACGAUCGAUCCUCCAAAAAUUAAUGUAACAAUCGCUUCAACAG